CGCUUAGCCGGAGAGCAGAGAGUUAUCAAUAUUUUUCUCACUUUUUAAUAAACACUUGAGCCUUUAAGGUUCGGGGAACAUCCAUUUCAUUCAUCGAACAAUUGUACCCAAUUUUCGAGCGCAAAAUGACGCUCACAACUAAGAUGGAAAUCGACGAAAAAAAUAUGAAGGGUGAAGGCUUUAAGCCCUACUAUAUUACGAAAAUCGAAGAAUUGCAACUAAUAGUUGCUGAAAAAAGCCAAAACCUUCGCCGUCUCCAGGCUCAGCGCAAUGAGCUCAAUGCCAAAGUUCGCAUGUUACGUGAAGAACUGCAACUUCUUCAAGAACAAGGAUCAUAUGUCGGAGAGGUAGUGAAGCCUAUGGAUAAAAAAAAAGUAUUGGUGAAAGUCCAUCCAGAGGGAAAAUUUGUUGUCGAUUUAGACAAGAACAUUGACAUAAAUGAUGUUACACCUAACUCCCGAGUUGCUUUGCGUAAUGAAAGUUAUACACUGCACAAAAUUUUACCAAACAAAGUCGAUCCAUUAGUGUCGCUCAUGAUGGUUGAAAAGGUUCCUGACUCCACCUAUGAAAUGGUCGGUGGUCUUGACAAGCAGAUCAAGGAAAUCAAGGAAGUAAUCGAACUUCCUGUUAAACAUCCUGAACUAUUUGAUGCUCUGGGUAUUGCACAACCCAAAGGAGUGUUACUGUAUGGCCCACCGGGUACCGGUAAAACUCUAUUAGCUCGAGCAGUUGCUCAUCACACUGAAUGCACAUUUAUCAGAGUUUCUGGUUCUGAGCUAGUCCAGAAAUUUAUAGGUGAAGGAUCUCGCAUGGUCCGAGAGCUUUUUGUGAUGGCUAGAGAACACGCGCCAUCUAUAAUUUUUAUGGAUGAAAUUGACUCCAUUGGUAGCUCGCGAAUUGAAUCUGGGUCUGGUGGAGAUAGUGAGGUUCAACGAACAAUGUUGGAACUUCUAAAUCAAUUGGAUGGUUUUGAGGCCACCAAGAAUAUAAAAGUGAUAAUGGCAACAAACAGGAUCGAUAUCUUAGACCAAGCAUUAUUACGUCCUGGUCGCAUUGAUCGUAAAAUAGAAUUUCCGCCACCAAACGAAGAAGCUAGACUUGACAUUCUUAAAAUUCAUUCACGGAAAAUGAAUUUAACUCGCGGCAUAAACUUGAGGAAAAUUGCUGAGCUCAUGCCUGGUGCUUCUGGUGCAGAAGUUAAAGGUGUUUGUACUGAGGCUGGUAUGUAUGCUCUCAGAGAACGUCGGGUCCAUGUUACCCAGGAGGAUUUCGAAAUGGCCGUAGCCAAGGUGAUGCAGAAAGAUUCAGAGAAGAAUAUGUCGAUCAAAAAAUUAUGGAAGUAGAUGAGCUUUGAGAAAUUCAAAUCAUCCACUUUCAUUUUUCUCUUUCUGUAUACGACAAUAUGUCCAAAAGAUACUGUUAUAAAAAUAUCACAGCUGUAAAGAACUGUAAGUUUGAAGUAUGUUCAAUAUUAAAUUAAAUUCACAACGUAA